AUGGCCGACGACUCGAACAAUUUCCUCUUCGCAUCUCUCGGCGACAAACAAGGGUCUACAGCGCGUAAAGUGCACAUCCGGCGGCUGUACGACAUCCUCCAACUUUGUAUCCUCCGGAACGACAUCCCGAGAGCUAAAAGAGCAUGGAGUAUCCUCGCAAGGUGCAAGGAGAUAGAUUGGAAGGAUCUUUGGAAAUACGGGCUUUUGCUGCUUGGGGAUGCUCAAGCGGACGUCCAUAACACUGGCGAAAGCAAUGGCAAUACUCGGGCUUCAGAGUCGAGAAUCGAGUAUCUGAGAAAAAUGAGAAUGCAGCAUCCUAGCGAGUGUGAGACUAUACUGAUGGAACUUGUGUUGUUGCUCAUAAGUUUGGAGCGCCAAAGGGAGGCUCUUGAGGAACUCGAAUUAUGGCUUACGACAUUCCCCUACCAAGAUAAUUCGGUUCUCCACACCUACCGAGGCUUGCUCUCCCUCUAUCUCGCACAGCCCUCUAAUGGUGCAUCAUCCGUACUAUUUGACCCAAGCGGCCUAAGAGACGCUCAAGUUCAUUUAGAGCGGGCAAAAGCUCUAGAUCCCGGGAAUGUCGUCGCGUCAGCUUUCCUCGACAAGCUUCCCCAUAUAAUCAAUAAUUCCCCGGGACGGAAGGCACAGCCGAACGAGAAUGAGUCUGAGGACGAUGAUCAUGGGAGCACGAUGACAUCCGGAGUCGAACGCAGAAAACGAAUGCGCACGUAG